UUUGUGGUUCGUUAUCUGUGGUAAGGUUGUUGAAUAUGGCGGAAAAACAAAGUACAAAAGUUUCGGCAGAUAAUGGGCAAUGAAUUCUCUAGCUUAAAUUGACUUAAUCCGUGUGUUAAUCGUUAGUGACGCGUGUUUACGUUUCUCAUGUGAUGUGUUACUCAGCAGAAGAGGAGGACUUCUUCAAUGCCGAUAAUAUAAGACUAGAUAGGUGAGAGUGAAUUGCUGAGCAUGGGCCUCCGAGGUAAAGCGACGAACUGCAAAGAGAACUCGAGGACACGCUGAUUGUAUAGGCAGUGCAGAGGGCGCCACUGUCCAUCACAAGGUGUCGGCUUUGAGAUUGUCUCUGACAGUAUUGUUAAUUUGGUUUGCUAGUUUCCAAACUGAGUGCCUUAAAAUGAGUAUGAAGAGGAUUCGCCGCAGGCUUUCUCAGACGUUCCGUUUCAGCAUUGAAGGAUCAUUAUCUGAGUUAGCUGAACAGUUGACUAUUGAUAAUAAUGAAGAAAUUAAGAAGAAUGGUGUUGUUUCUGGAUUUUCGGAAUUCAACAGGAAGCUUUCACUGUCACAUUCUCGAAUUCUGGAACCAACGCAGCAUGGAGGUGUAGUGUAUGAGAAUCGACGGUUUGGAUCUGAUGGAGAAUCAGAAGAGGCAUCAGGAACUUCAGAUGAAGUAAUGUCUCCAGCUCCUGUGAAACUUCGUCCAAAAUGUCGGAGACUGAGUGAGCAAGACAUUAACAAGCGACUGUCAUUACCUGCUGAUCUUCAUCUUCCGGAAUCUUUUAUUGCAAAGCAAAAUGUGAGUCCUACAAUUGAGGGUCCACUCACACGUGCUACGAGAAGGCAAUCACUUUCAGAGAUUGGAUUUGGGCGUAUUGAAACGUAUACAAAGUUAGAUAAACUUGGGCAGGGCACAUAUGCAACUGUUUUCAAAGGAAAAUCACGGCUGACUGAUAACCUUGUUGCCUUAAAAGAAAUUCGCCUUGAACAUGAAGAAGGCGCUCCAUGCACAGCAAUAAGAGAGGUUUCUUUACUUAGGGAGCUCAGACAUGCCAACAUAGUGACAUUACAUGACAUAGUUCAUACUGAGAAGUCUCUCACCUUAGUGUUUGAGUAUUUAGAAAAGGAUUUGAAGCAAUACAUGGAUGAGUGCUGCAACAUUCUCAGCAUGAACAAUGUAAAGAUAUUCCUUUUCCAGCUUCUUCGUGGUCUUGCGUACUGUCACCGAAGGCGAAUACUACAUAGAGAUCUUAAGCCACAAAAUCUCUUAAUAAAUGAAAAGGGUGAACUAAAGCUGGCUGAUUUUGGUUUGGCUAGAGCAAAGUCUGUUCCUACAAAAACAUACUCAAAUGAAGUCGUAACACUUUGGUACCGCCCACCAGAUGUGCUUCUCGGUUCUACAGAGUAUUCAACUCAGAUUGAUAUGUGGGGUGUUGGGUGCAUCUUUUAUGAGAUGGCAAGUGGCAGACCACUUUUUCCAGGAUCUACAGUUGAUGAGGAGCUAAGACUUAUUUUUCGGGUGCUGGGUUCACCCCCAGAGGAUGCCUGGGGUGGUGCUGCUGCAUCAUAUGCACAUCCUUACAAUCCUCCUACACCACUGAAUUCUUGGGCUCCUCGUUUAGAUGCAGAUGCCACUGAUUUACUCACAAAGUUCCUCAAUUAUGAAGCCAAAAAACGCAUAUCUGCAGCAGACGCAAUGAAACAUCCUUACUUCCAUUCACUGGGAUCAGCAGUUCAUAAACUACCUGAUGUUGCUUCUAUCUUUACGAUUCCUGGAAUACAAAUUACUAGAGAUCCUGGAUCUCAUUUCCCAAAGUCAACAACAAGUGGGAGAAAUCGCCGGCAGAGUAUGUUGUUAUGAGACCCUGCUCAAUGUAGAAGAAUACAUUGUAAAUAGUUUUAUUAUUGACUGUGCAUUCAGACAGGACAACUACUGAAAAUAGUAAAUACGUUAUUUUUUGAUGAUCAUAUUACCUGUGCCUGUUAGAAGUGUGUGGAAAUGUUUACUUUUUACCGUAUUUCAAUAUUCUCAGAAAAAGGUGCAAGAUUGAUGCAGUCUUCUCUCUGAAGUUGAUAAUUCAUUGGAAGAACAGAAUUACUCGAGUGUGAGAAAUUAUUAUUGUUUUAUUGAAAGUGUAUAUAUCUAUAUAUGGAUCAGACACACAAUGUGAAUGAAGGUCAUUUCAAAGCAGAAUGUUAUUUUGGCAAACUAUUUAAGUAGCUGCCAUUUUUCCAAAUAAUGAUUGAAAGUUUUUCUUGGUAGUAAAUGAGUAGUACUUUUAGUACAUGGUUGAUUAUUUGUUGUGCUUAUAAACAAAGCUGACUACAUGUCUGCAAUUGUUUCUGAAGAACCUGACUACCCAUGCUGGUCAUGGAAUGGUGAGCAAGGCCCAUGUAUACACAUCACACUGUGUGCAGACUACAACUGCUUAAUUGUGAAAAUUGUCUGUUAGUGGUGAAAAUGCCAAAAAAAUUAACACACUUUUGGCAUGCAAGAGAAUUUUUAUAGUAUUUCAGUAGUUACAAAAUGUGUCUAGCUGCUGCUGAAAACUCUGUGAAGUAUGACAAAUCUGUGUCACCUCAUUAAAUAUGUUAUCUCACCAUACUGGUCAUAAAAUGUUGAGGCCCACAUCAUCACAUCAGUUUUAUGGAAAGAAUUCCUUGUUGUUCACAUAAUUCCAGUUUGUGUGUGAUUCCCAUUUCAUGCCAUCCUUAAGGUGUAGGACAAAAGACACUGGCUUUAAAUUUUCGCAUGAGCAAAUUUUAUUUUUAUGUUCCUCGUUAUUAAUAUUCAUUCAUUUUAAUCUUCUUUACACUCUCUUUAGAUAAGUGAUAAGUUUCAGAAGUUCUGCAUAUUCCUGAUGUUUCGCCAGUACCAAUAACUAUGUAUGCUUUACUACUUCAUACUUACCAGAUGUGGCAGGAAAGGGAACAGCUUACCUAAAACUGUGUGACAUUAGAAAUUAUGACAUGUUCUCUAUAAGUGCAAACUGUAUGGGUAUUGAAUGUGGUGCAUCUCCAGUUUAUUUAAAGCAUUGGUGUAAAUCUACAACACAGAUGCCAAAAAAGAUUAUUUCAAGUGCAAUAAAGAUUAUUGUGUCAUCUCGCUUUA